UAGUAUUAUGACAUAAAAUAUGUUUCAGCCAUGAAGAUUUAUUAAUUUCUUCAUCUUCUAGUUAGUCUCGUUCGCUGUUUUUUUACGUUUAUAUAUAUAUCCACUAUAUUCUGUCUUUUAUACAAUCAUUACUACUAUGAUUUUAAUUUCACUGAUUUUCAUCUGAUUAAUCUCCUUCAAAUCUCAUCAUAAUACUAAAGGUGAGGUAAUCGUCUAUUACAGUGAUUAGUUUCAGUUGCUUUUUGAUGCAAUAAGAAAUAAAUUGUUAGUAUAAUAUUUUUUGAUUUCAGCGAAUUGAUUAUGUACAAAUUACAAGUGUUCACAGUUACCAAGAAAGAAUUCUAGAUGGUAAUUGUUAUAAAGCUCGGUUUUACUUUGUCUAAUGUUAUAACGGUUGGGUUUCCACGUUUACACGUAUGGGACGUUAAUUUACCUAAGACGAAUAUCUACACAAGAUUCCCUUUCAGUGUCUAUUCUACCGGACGUCAACACAAUUCAGAUCACGAACACGUGAUUUGCCUGACCACAACGUAAAUAUAUUGUUGGGAUAUUCAGGAAAAUAUUUUUCAGUCAUAACAAUUCGCGACGGGGUGAAGAAAAGAUACAAUCCAAAGUCAUUCUGUAAUUGGACGAAAUCCAGUCUAAUUAUUCAACCAAUCAGUAUCCAGAUUGUCGUCAGUGUCCUUCAACGACAUUGGUCAUUAGUCAUACAGUAAUUUUCAUCACAAGUGCUGAUUCAAAAAAAUGACUCUCCCUUCCGAUCGAUUACAGCUGCUCUUUGAACGACAUUUGGAGUUAUUAGUCAAUUUCCGCACGCAGCUGCUAAAUCACUCAUGCUAUGAAGACGCGACGGAAGUGGAUGGAUUGAUAUCUGAAGUACACAGUGAGCUGGAAAAUGACAGCAGCCUCCAUGAAUCCUCGAUGAACUGUACUUCAAACGAAACAGUCAUCCAUCAUGCGCCCAGUGGUCCAGUACUUUCUAUUCCAGAAACAUGCCCGGUAAUGGAGUCAAACUCCAUCAACCCCGAAACAGCAUGUGCAGACAGUAACAUAUCCAACUCACGAGAAGAUCUCAUUGUUUUGCCAGAAAAUGUGUUCCACGCAUCAAAUAAUAACCAAGAACCUGGUACAGUUUUGUUGGACGCCGAUUAACAUAAUGCUCCACUACUUACUAAAGAUUUAAACCCUGAUGACUUCGAAUUGGAUGGCGUUUAUCCUCAAUAUCUGAUCGAUUUUACUGGAUUCCCUGUGCAAUAUGUUUUAAAUACAAUCAAAUUAAUUGUAAUUUGGGUUUAUGAAGACCCAACAUUAUUUCGAGGGGGUGGAUAGACGCGAGAAAAAUUUAAAAUCCGG